UAAACAUCGGAGUCUGCGACCAGGAUUUUGGGCGAUUCUCGACCAUUUUAUCUUUUCAAAUUUCUUCCCGGUGUUCCCUGGGCCAUGGAGGCUGCAGGAACGAGCACAGGGAGGAACACUAGAUAUAUGAUGGAGGGUGUUGGUGCGAGAGUCAUUCGAGGUCCUGACUGGAAAUGGGGAAAACAGGAUGGUGGGGAAGGCCAUGUAGGCACUGUAAGAAAUUUUGAAUCACCAGAAGAAGUUGUUGUUGUUUGGGAUAAUGGAACAGCAGCAAACUACAGAUGUGCUGGUGCUUAUGACCUUCGUGUCCUCGACUCUGCUCCAACCGGAGUUAAACAUGAAGGAACUAUGUGUGAUACAUGUCGACAGCAACCAAUAUUUGGUAUAAGAUGGAAAUGUGCAGAGUGUAGCAAUUAUGACCUAUGUUCUGUUUGUUACCACAGUGACAAGCAUAGCCCUAGACACCGUUUUUAUCGUAUUACUACAAUUGGCUGUGAAAGAGUAUUAUUAGAGCCAAGACGGAAAAGCAAAAAGAUAGGGAUACGAGGAAUCUUCCCUGGUGCAAGAGUAGUGCGAGGAGUGGACUGGCAGUGGGAAGAUCAGGAUGGAGGGAAUGGACGGCGAGGAAAAGUUUCUGAGAUUCAGGACUGGUCAGCAGCAUCCCCUAGAUCAGCUGCUUAUGUCAUUUGGGAUAAUGGGGCUAAGAAUCUGUAUCGUGUUGGCUUUGAGGGAAUGGCGGACCUUAAGGUAGUCAAUGAUGCCAAAGGCGGAACUGUUUACCGUGAUCAUCUCCCACUACUUGGUGAGCAAAACCCGGGCCGCUCUGGACCCCACGGGCUGGCCAUCGGAGACCAAGUAAGUGUAAAUGUUGACUUGGAGCUAGAGAUAGUGCAGUCCCUUCAACAUGGUCAUGGUGGCUGGACAGACGGAAUGUUUGAGUGCUUGGGCACCACCGGCACUGUUGUGGGCAUCGAUGAAGACCAUGAUAUUGUUGUUGCAUAUCCUUCAGGAAAUAGAUGGACCUUCAAUCCUGCUGUCCUGACUAAGGUUGGUGGAGGAGUUCUGGUAAGCAAUGAGAGCAACACCAGCCAGCAAUUUAGUGUUGGUGAUUUGGUACAAAUAUGUGCAGAUCUUGAACGCAUCAAGAUCCUUCAACGUGGCCAUGGAGAGUGGGCAGAGGCUAUGGUACCAACUCUUGGAAAAAUAGGUCGUGUUCAACAAAUUUAUCAUGAUAAUGACUUAAAAGUAGAAGUUUGUGGUACCUCCUGGACAUAUAAUCCUGCUGCUGUGACUAAGGUUGCCUCUGAUGGAGCUGUACCAGGAGCUGCAAGUGGUGAGAGAUUAAGUGCCCUUCUAAAGAAGAUAUUUGAGGCUCAUGUUUCUGGGGACUUGAAUGAAGAGCUAGUUAAAGCAGCAGCUACCGGUGAUGCACAAAAGGUUGAUGAAAUACUCAAAAAAGGUGAUGUCGAUGUCAAUGGAGUGUUUGCUGGUCACACAGCACUUCAGGCAGCAAGUCAGAAUGGGCACAGAGAGGUCAUUCACAUUCUUUUGAGACACAGUGCACAAGUUGAGAAAGAGGACAAAGAUGGGGACCGUGCUAUCCACCACGCAGCAUAUGGUGAUGAACCCGGCGUAGUUCAGAUCCUGGCCAAUUCCGCUGCAGAUCUUAAUGCCCGAAGCAAACGCCGGCAGACACCCCUUCACGUGGCGGUAAACAAAGGCCAUGUAGGAGUCGUAAAGAUGCUCCUCGAGCUUGGCGGUCAUCCAAGCCUUCAGGAUCACGAAGGCGAUACUCCGCUUCAUGAUGCAAUCUCGAAGAAGCGUGAUGAUAUUCUAACUCUACUUUUGGAUCACAUGGCUGACAUUACUCUGACGAACAACAACGGUUUCAACGCCCUUCACCACGCAGCUCUUCGCGGAAAUCCAAGUGCCAUGAGGAUCCUGCUGAGCAAAGUGCCUCGGGCGUGGAUGGUGGAUGAGAAGAAGGAUGACGGCUACACUGCGCUUCAUCUGGCUGCUCUCAACAACCACGUCGAGGUUGCCGAGUUGUUAGUCCACCAGGGGCGUGCAAACAUGGAUCUUCAGAAUGUAAACCUUCAAACGCCUUUACAUCUAGCUGUUGAGAGACAUCACACACAAAUUGUGCGGCUAUUAGUUCGUGAAGGAGCUAACCUCAACUUAGCCGAUAAAGACGGAGACACUCCACUGCAUGAAGCUUUACGACAUCACACUUUAUCCCAGCUACGUCAGCUCCAGGACAUGCAGGAUGUUGGAAAGUCCCCCCAGUUGCUGAUGGGUCUGGGGACUCAAGGCGUGGACAAGAAAAGUCCCGCUUCCAUUGCUUGCCUCUUAGCCGCUCACGGUGCUGACCUCAACAUUAAGAAUAAGAAGGGCCAGACUCCACUGGACCUGUGCCCAGAUCCCAACCUGUGUAAAGCUCUCACCAAGUGCUACAAGGAUAAAUCUGUGUCUGGAGACAUUGGCAAUCUUGAGGUGUGUACAGAAGAAAGCCUUGAGGAAUGCAUGGUGUGUUCAGACACAAAAAGAGACACACUCUUUGGUCCCUGUGGCCACAUAGCUACGUGUUCUAUAUGUUCACCACGUGUCAAAAAGUGUCUUAUGUGUAAAGAACCUGUACAGUCAAGAACAAAGAUUGAAGAGUGUGUGGUUUGUUCAGACAAGCAAGCAACAGUUCUGUUUCAACCUUGUGGUCAUAUGUGUGCCUGUGACAAUUGUGCCUCAUUGAUGAAGAAGUGUGUACAGUGCCGUGGAGUCAUCGAAAAACAGAUCCCAUAUAUUGUCUGCUGUGGGGGCCAAGCUCCCGCAUCAAUUCUUCCUGGUGGUGCCAACAAUAGUAGUGCUGCUAGUAGCAUAGGUGGCAGUGGUGCAGGCAGCAGUGGUGGCAACAACAACGCUGGCAGUGUAGUUUCGGCAGCAGCGGCAGCAGGAGUGGUCGUUCCAGGACCUACCGGACAGCUUAUGAAUAAUGGGUCAAGGGACAUGUCCUCUGCUGAUCUUCAAAAACUACAGCAACAGUUACACGAUAUCAAAGAGCAGACUAUGUGUCCAGUUUGUCUUGACCGCCUAAAGAAUAUGAUUUUCUUGUGUGGGCAUGGAACUUGCCAGAUGUGCGGUGACCGAAUGCAUGAGUGCCCCAUUUGCCGGAAGCCUGUAGAGAAGCGGAUUCUUGUCUUUUGAAGUUGACAAGUUAAUUUUUGGGGGAGGGGGUGGAGGAGACCUUCCAAGAGAUUCACUCCUGAUUGUCAGUGUCUUAUUUUGUAACUGAAUUCUUAUUUUAAAGGGGGGAGGGGGAGUUUGUUUUUAUGUUACUUGAUAUUCCUUCUUUCUUUUAUUUAAUUUUUUUUUUUAUGAGAAGCUUUGGAUGUCAGACACUUGGCUUGAACAUGUAUUCAGUAUUCAAAUAGACUCUUUAGUUAUACUCAAGUUCAUUAUCCAGUUUCUUGAGACUAUGCCAGUUCAGAAAUGUCUUUAGCAACUGCUAACCCAUGGAAUGCAAAGCAUAAAUGAAGCUGUUAUGUUUUUUUUCUCCUUUUCUUUUCUUUUCUUUUACUUUUUUUCUUUUAUAAAUGAUGCCCUGAACAUAUAUCUUUAAAAAAAAAUAUAUGAUAAUAUUUUUUAUGAUAAUUGCUCACAACAGGUUUAGGUCAGAAUAGUAAUUUGUACACUCCAUGGGUUAAUGGGCAUACACAAGCACAUUUAUUUGCAUACUUCAUAUAGUUAAGUUCUCAGCUAUACUUUAAGAGAUAUCAUAUGGUGCAACUAUGUACAUAUACACAUACAAAUGCAUAACUUUUUUUUUGCAAUUACUCUCUCUCUCUCUCUCUCUCUCUCUCUCUCUCUCUCUCUCUCUCUCUCUC